GACAAUUACAGAGUGAAAAGAAACCUGCUUGAUGAAUAUACUAUUAGCUGAUCAAACUUUGACCUUAAUUGAAAUGUGGACUGUCACGUAACUAAUUAGCAUCAGUAUACAGGAGCAAAGCAUAAUAUGUGUACAAUUUGUUGCAAUCAGUAGAUACUGGUGCUGUGGUUGGGGAUCCCAGUUGCAAGUAUACGUAAUUUGGAAAUUCGAUCAUCAGAAGCUUGCUAACAAGAGUUCCAUGUAUUUUAUACCUACGCCACUGUUCAUCAAAAAGUCGUUGCGAUAAGCGAUGAACACAUUAUUUUCAAAUAACGCUACGUAAUCAACAUAAACGAUUGCAUUACAUAGUUUUAAAUCGCAGCCAGAAAAGAUCAAAAUGUCCAACCCGGCGGACCUCGUCUUCACCCUACGGAACAACUUCAAUUCCGGAAAUACAAGGCCCUAUGAGUUCCGCCUCAAGCAGCUCCAGGGUCUUUGUAAGCUUCUGGAUGACCAAGAAAAAGAACUCACGGAUGCUAUACUCAAGGAUUUGAGGAAACCACGAUUUGAGGCGUUGUUGUAUGAGGUGAAAUAUACUAAGAACGAGGUAUUGAAUAUGAUCUACAAUUUGAAAGAAUGGAUGAAGCCCACAAAACCAAGCAAGCCGUUGCCCUUUCUAAUGGAUGAGGUUUUGAUUCACUCUGAGCCAUACGGUGUCACCCUUAUCGUUGGCGCUUGGAAUUACCCGAUUAUGCUAGUUCUGAUCCCUUUAGCUGGAGCAAUAGCCGCUGGUAAUGUUGCAGUUAUCAAGCCAUCCGAAGUAGCUCCUCAUACUGCCGAACUACUCCAGGAGCUUAUUCCCAAGUAUUUGGAUCAAGAGUUUUAUAAAGUAUACUGCGGAGGGAUUCCUGAAACUACUAGUUUAUUGGAACAACGUUUCGAUUAUAUUUUUUAUACUGGGAACUGUCAAGUAGGCAAGAUUAUCCAUACAGCUGCUGCCAAACACUUGACGCCAGUUACACUGGAAAUGGGUGGAAAAUGUCCUGUUUUCAUUGACCAGACAGCAGAUGUUGAAAUGGUUGCUAGAAGAGUAUUAUUUGGCAGGCUUUUGAACGCUGGUCAGAGUUGCAUUGCACCUGACUACAUACUUUGUGAUAAAUUGACCGAACAGAAAUUUGUGUCUGCUGCAAAGAAAAUAAUCAAGGAAUGGUACGGAGAAAAUGCUAAAGACUCGCCCUGCUAUGGCAGGAUAAUCAACGAAAGACACUUUAACAGGAUCAUCAAACUGCUGGAAGGUGCUAAAAUAGCAAUAGGUGGUUCGCACGACAUCAACGAUCUCUACAUAGAACCGACCAUCGUGACUGACGUUACUCCAACGCAUCCCUUGAUGCAAGAAGAGAUCUUUGGUCCUAUUCUUCCCAUCUUUAUAGUUGACAAUGCCUCGUCCGCAAUCGAUUUCAUCAACAAGCGCGAAAAGCCGUUGGCACUGUACCUGUUUUCUACGAGCAAAACCACCCACGCUCUGUUUUUGGAGUACACCUCCAGCGGGAAUAUGCUGAUCAACGAUACCUUGAUGCACUUUUCUUGUGACACCAUUCCUUUUGGAGGGGUUGGAAACAGUGGAAUGGGAGGGUACCACGGGAAAUACACCUUUGACACAUUUUCACAUCCCAAAGGAACGCUUUAAUAACAAUAUGUCUCUGUCGAUGCAAUCAUAAGCUUUGGACAAGUCCAGGUAGAAACCAACCGCUAAGUUUCCCUCAUCUAAUUGCUUAAGUACUGUUUGAACAAAUUGGAAGAUUGCAGUAUCUGUUGAUCUCCCAUCUAGUCAAAAGGUACCUGUGUUCCAUCUUCCCUAGACACUCAGGCAUCUAAAGAGAGAUUCGUGUUUAUUUUCAAAAAAAAUUCAAACAAUCAGAUUGUAGUAACUGGAGAAAAUGAAUCAAUUGUACUAUCAAGACGAAUCCAAGGACAACUCAGAUGUCAAAAACCAUCAAGUCAUUCAACAUGUAGCCCGUAUGAUAGGAACUUCAAAGAAAACACUGUCGCUCAGGGUGACAGAUGUGCAUCAUCUGACAUUAAUUGUCAAAUUUUUGCAUCCGGAGAAAUUUUUAUAUUUUGGCAAGAUUGAAGGCAAUAAUAUUAUGGAAGCUGAACCCGAGGGGUCCCCAGGCGACCCCUCUACUGCUUUGAGUGGAGUUGGCGCGGAGUGCAGCGCUACUUUUGAAUAUAUUCCAGAAAACCAAAACGAGAUGACGCCAAUGAUGACACCGAUACUGGAGAAGGAAAACGAGAACCAGAGACUUUGAAGAUAAUUUCAGACCAAGCAGCCCAGAUUCAGAGACUGACUGACUGUGUGGAGUCACUUAAUGCCCAGGUUUUUAAGCUUACAAGUAUCAUUCAUAAAACAGUUCCCAAUGUUGAUUCUUCCAAAACAGCAAAACGUAGACAUAACAGCCAUUCGAGUGACCUAGAUACUGAGACCGAUGAGGACACAUAGGGUGAUCUUUUCACACCUGUGCGACGUCGCAAAGUGAGACUGCGCAAAACAGAAUUUCCUCCGCUACCGACGAAAUCCCCAAAUAACAAACAUUCAGGCAACCUAAAACCGUCUGUGUCUGUACCCUCUACCGCUUCUACUAGUCAGCCAAGGGAAAGACCUUUAUCAGUAUCCACACAGAGUGUUUCUCCUGUUAUACCUCAAGUGCAGUCUGAUCCAUUGGCUGGCUGCAACUCAUCUUCCUUGCCAUCCAGCGGAUCUCUAAACACACAGGCCCAAUCGCCUCGCCAGGUGCGUAUUACUCCAAUCGUGUUGAGAGAUGGGACAAAAUGGCGCACCUUAAACUAUUCCUUUGUAAGUCUUGGUACUCGUAUUGAACGAGCAGUCGCCGUUGACACUGGGAUACGUAUCAUCCCCAAAACCGAAAACGAUUAUCGCAGGAUAAUCCGUCUUUUCAAAGAGGAAAACAUUCCUCAUCACACUUUCCCUUAGCCCACUGAACGCAACAUCCAUGCGGUUAUCAGAGGUAUCCCAGCAUCAACCACCGAACAGGAGGUCAAAGGUGAGCUAGAAGAGAAGGGUUACGCUCCCUUUCACAUCAUUCGCCUAAAGCGCAACGGCGGCGUGCCCGUGCCCUUGAUGGUGGUGAUCCUGCCUAAGACGGAGAAGUCACAGCAAGUGUUCAACGAGCACGAAUUGCUGGGGCUCUCUAUCAGAGUCGAAAUUCAGAAGAACUCUCGACUCAUUGGGCAGUGUGACCGCUGCCAUAAGUACGGACACGCACAGUCGUAUUGCACUGCGCCGCCAAAGUGUCUAAAAUGUGCCCAAGACCACAUGACACAUAUGUGCCCUCAAACAGGACAAGAGGUUCGCAGAUGUGCGAACUGUGGGGGGACCACCCGGCAAAUAGUCCGACCUGUAGAUUUACUCCUAGGAGAAAUCUACGUCAUCUCACAAAGGCGAGCAAAGUCCUACGCGGACGCAGCAAGAGAUGACAUCUCAACUGCCCCUGCUGUUUCGAGUUCAUCUACGACUACUCAAAAUGUGGAUCUAGCUACAGCGCUCAGGUGCCUACAGCAGAUUAUUAGUCCCCUGAUAAGCGCCACUAAGGCAUUGCAGGCGAUCUUUUCGCUAAAUGGCUAGGUACAAUAGCAGACAGCCUGAAUUCAUCAAAAUUCUUUUCUGGAAUUGUUUGGGUCUUAGGGAUGUCCCCAAAAAACGGGAAUUUCAUCAAGCUCUUUUGGAUGAGAAC